GAGCUCCAGUUGAGUAUUGUCUCUUGCCACGAGCUUGUCUCUUUGGGAUUUUUUUUUGAAAAUUUUUAAUUUUUUUUAAUCAAUUUUUGACUCUAAGAGAAAAUGGAAUUUUAUUUAAUAAAAUUACUUCUUGCGUGCGUGUCUGUGUCACUUUUAGUUUCUGCACAAAACUUUCCAGUCUCAAUUAUUCACCUCAAUGAUUUUCACGCACGAUUUGAAGAAGUUAACAGCAAUUCAGGCACGUGCAAACCUGAGGAUGGUGAGGUGUGCAUUGGUGGCUAUGGGCGCGUCGUGACGACGGUUAAGCGUCUCUACGAGGAGAAGAAAGACCUCAAUCCCAUCUACCUCAAUGCUGGUGAUAAUUUUCAGGGGACUCUCUGGUACAACAUCCACAGAUGGAACGUCACGAGUUACUUCCUCAAUCUCCUGCCUGCAGAUGUGAUGACUCUCGGGAAUCAUGAGUUUGACCAUCAAGUUUCUGGUGUUGUACCCUUCUUGGACACCAUCAAUUCGCCCAUUGUGAUUGCCAAUGUGGACGCUACGGAGGAGCCAACAUUCGAUGGGAAAUUCACAAAAUCCUACGUGAUUGAGAAAUAUUCGAGGAAGAUCGGCGUUAUCGGUGUGAUGUUACAGACAACUCCGAAUAUCGCCAGCACCGGAAAGUUGAAGUUCACAGAUGAGGCAACUGCGGUGAGGGAGGAAGCAGCAAAACUCAAGAGUGAAGGAAUCGACAUUAUCAUUGUCCUCUCGCAUUCUGGGCUGGAAGUGGACGUUGCUAUUGCCGAGAAUGGAGGUCCGGAUAUUGAUGUGAUUGUCGGUGGGCAUAGUCACACAUUCCUGUGGACCGGGGAGGAUUCUCCGGGGCCAGAUUACCCACGUGGGGAGUACCCAACGAUCGUUCAGCAAAGCCAACAUGGGAAUCGCCGGGUGCUCAUUGUCCAGGCAUCAGCUUAUACGAAAUAUCUCGGAGACAUCACCGUCUACUUCGAUGCGGCUGGAGAGUUGGUGAGCUACAGUGGAGCUCCCAUUUAUUUGGGCCCUGAAAUUCAGCCUGAUCCUGCAAUUCAGGAAGAACUGAUUCCGUGGAAGGUGGUCGUGGAUCAGGCGGGAUUGCGUGUGAUCGGCCAUUCGAAGAUUGAAAUUUCCAAGCAGGGCUGCAGCAAUGGCGAAUGCAAUUCGGGGAGUUUAAUUACGGAUGCCUAUGUGCAUUCGUACGUAAUUCAGGAUCCUCCGGAGAAGGGAUGGACUCGUUCAGCGCUGUGUGUUACGAACACAGGAGGCAUUCGUUCGCUGCCCACAACUCCGGGUUCCCUCAACUAUGGGGAUCUCGUGGCAAUUAUCCCCUUUGAGAAUACUCUGGAUUUGUUGGAUUUGCGCGGGGAUCAUGUGCUGGAAAUGCUGGAAUUUUCUGCCUCAUCCACCCUCACGUGGCUCCAAGUUUCCGGAAUGAGGAUUGUCUUCAAUAUGACGAAACCAGUGGGACAGAGGGUGGCCGAAUUAAGUUUACUCUGCAAUGAAUGCGAUAUUCCCGUGUAUGAGCCCCUGGACACGGAGAAGAUGUACAAAUUUGUCAUGCCAUCCUUCCUGGCCGGUGGAGGCGAUGGGUACUACAUGGUGUCGGAGAAUAAGCAAAAUCACGUCGUUGGGCACAUUGAUAUUGAUGCCUUUGAGCGGUAUGUGGCUCAAAUGUCGCCCCUCAUGAAUCCCAUCACCGGCAGGAUAACCGUUGUAACGUAGAAAGGAAAAAUUCGUUAAAAAGCGCGGAAAUAAAAUGAAAAGGAUUUUUCUAAA